CAAUUGUGGAAAGCUGAACUAUGUUAAAGAAACUGCAAUAUUUCUUUGUUCUGUGUCUGACACGGGCAACAUUCAGUGCUCUGGAAUAUAUUGCAGUUGACCUGACAAAUCUCACAAGGGGAAGAGACAUUAUUGGAUUUUUUCACCAAUACUGAGACGUAAUUGGAAACCCCAGAUUCCUGAUAUAGUUAACAAUUAGUGCCUUGUGUAUCAUUCGUCAGGCGUAUUCUGGACUGCUGUUUUUGGGUUGGCUUCAUGCUAAAAUGUGCAAACAAGUCCAAAGUCUAUUUCAACACAAAUGGUCUCUGAAAUGUCUGUGGUCUUAUAAACAAACCUUCAAAUAUCCAGUGUCAGCAUUACACAGAACUUUUCUUAGUACAUCAGCAUAUAACUACUUGUUACUAACACGACUUAAAAUGUGACAGUCAGUCAAGAUAACAAAGGUGAUCUCACCUUAAAUUAAUCAAUACAAUUAUUUUUUUAUUUCGUUUUAACUUCACCUAUACCAACCCGGUGUAGGCCUAUUUUCCGAAACGUUUUAAUGAGAUGGCUGGCUAGGCUAUAGCCUACGACUUAGGCUUACUUUCAAACAUUGAAAGAGUAACACAUAAUACUUUUAACGCAAUGAUGACUUGUCACAUUUCUGAAAGGGUCCUAUAUGAUUGACAUCAAGCGAGCUGAUAAGUUUGUGUGUACGUCGUGACGUGUGCCUUUCUGUCAACUGUCCCGUAAUGAUUUAUUACUUGAGUUGGGGGGUUUUACAACACAGUGAGCCAAAUUGACCGAUGGUUUAUUUGUGAAUAGAAACGUUGCAGGCUCAGCCAGUAAGUCUCCGCACAUGAAUACAACGCGACUUCACCGCAUCAAAGACCAUCUUCUGGCAGAAAACCAGUGUUCGGCUAUGGCCACUACUCCGGGGAGCCCCCUCACCACUCACGUGCUGAACACAGGGGACGGGGUCCCAGGGGCCCGGAUGGCCCUCAGCUUACAUCGCCUGGACUCACGCAUGGCGAUCUGGAACCUCCUCACCACGGGGACCACUAAUGAUGAUGGCCGCUGUCCAGAUCUAAUCACCAGAGAGGCCUUCACUCCUGGGAUGUACAAGAUGCGAUUUGAAACUGGAGAGUAUUUUCAAGGACUGGGUCAGUCAUGCUUCUACCCAUACGUGGAGAUUGUCUUUACCAUCACCGAUCCCACUCAGAAGUUUCAUCUUCCGCUGCUCCUGAGCCGAUUCUCCUACAGCACGUACAGGGGCAGCUAGAAGCAGGCGUCUUUCACCACUGCGUGAACUGGACUUUGGAGUCUCUGCUCUUUAUUUUAAACGGUGGCUUCUCUCCACUCAUUAAUGUUCGCUAAUCUACUUUGGGUCCAAUUCA